AUGGACAACACGACGAAUGAAAAAGCUUCGUCUUUGAGAUGGGAAAUUCUUCGUCGCGCGCUUCUCUCACGCUCCUCUCCACCAGAAUCAGAAGAACAAUCUCAAAUGAUUAUUAAGCGCAUUUCAAGAAGGACUGGCCAUGGAUUCAAUCUGAUACCCUCUCAUGUAGUCGACGACGAACGUGACUCGAAUAAACGCGACGGUUCUUCCACCAGAGAUGCUCGCGUUUGUUACACUUUACCCAUCCCUAAUGCUCCUCAACUCUUUUUGACACAAAGAGUGGACAGUCAUGCUGACCUCAGUGAUUUUGAGAUAUGUAACAGAUACAACAUUGACAAUACUGGGCUUGUCUGUAAUUGGCCUUCAGAAGAUGUUCUUGCUCACUAUUGCUUGUCACAUGUAGAUAUAUUCAGGUCUAAAAAGGUUAUUGAGCUUGGUUCUGGCUAUGGCUUGGCUGGAUUUGUUAUUGCAGCUGCUACUGAGGCAGCCGAGGUUGUAAUCUCAGAUGGAAAUCCGCAAGUAGUUGAUUGUAUCCUUUUGUCUAGGAUUAUGCAUUCUGGAGAGAGCUUGAUGACAGUCUACGAUUAUACUUCUGGGAGAGCUAGGUGUAGCGCUCUAGUUAACAUGAUCAAAAUGAUCAUUCCUCCAAAGAAGAUAGGCCCUGGAGGGGCGAUCACAAUAUAUACUCAGCGUAACAUUGAAGCCAACCAUGGAGCGUUUGGGGAUACAGUUGUAAAGCCUAUGGCUCUUCACUGGAAUCAGGAAGAUUUGUCUAAUGUGGCGGACACAUUUGAUAUCAUCAUUGCAAGUGACUGCACUUUCUUUAAGGAAUUCCACAGAGACCUUGUUCGUAUUGUCAAACAUUUAUUAUCAAAAGAAGGAUCUUCUGAGGCUAUAUUUUUAAGUCCAAAAAGAGGAAAUUCGUUGGACCUGUUCUUAGAGGUGGCCAAGGAAAAUGGCUUGCGAUUCAGUGUAACGGAGAACUAUGACCAAGAAGUCUGGAAACGUCAUGAGGGUUUCUUGAAUGAAGACAGGGACUCUUGGCCCAGUUAUGAGAAAGAUAUAAAGAUUCGUGUCUGA